CAUGUGCAUUAGAUUAUGUGUUCGUACUACAUGUGCCUUAGAUUACGUUUAGUACAAUAAAUUAAUAGUGGUUGUUGGGGCAAAAAUGGAAAAGGCCGUUCCCUUUAGACAAAUAAAGAAAAAAUGAGACCCUAUUCAGCAAAUAAUGAUUUGUGGGCAAGAAAAUAAUAGUAAUAAUGGUUUGAAGAGAUAUUUGGAUAGAGUAUGGGACGUGAAAAGCAGAUUUGAUGGUGGCGUGGCCGUUUCUCAUUUGAAGCUUCUUGAGUGAUCGCCAUAGCAUGUCACUUCUCUUAAAGUCAUAACUGCCGGGGUGAUGGGAUGGCUGCCUGAUUGAUUACCUCUCACCUGAUGGAACCAGAUAAGGAACAAGGGAUGCUUGAAAGAUAACUGCUCCAUCCUGCAAUAUAUUAACCCAUGUAUCUCAAUUCUCAUGUUUAUCCUCUAAAUCCAUAAAUUUUAGGUUUUUUUUUUUUUAUAUAUAUAUUUCUGUUGUGGAGGGUUUUCCAUAUGCUGUCAUGCAAAAGCAAACAAUUCUCUACAGUAAGGCCUCUUUCAUUUUCAGAAAAAAUCUUGUUAGACGGCUCAAUUAUAGAACUCACUGUACUCUCCCUCGAAGACAUGUUAAUUCAUGUCUUAUGGGGGCCAAAAUACCAUCUAUGACUGUAAGUGCGGGCUUGGACACUUUGCAAAUUAGCCACACAUUACAACCUAGAUGUAUCAAAAGUGUGGCUGAUGAAAAUCAAGGUGAAUUGUCUGACGAAGACGACGAUCUCUGCCCUGUGGACUGUGUUAGAGAAUUUAAGACUGAUGAAGAUUUCUUGAAAAUUCUUGAAAAUGCCCAAGAAACUAACUCUUUAGUUGUGGUAGAUUUUUAUCGAACUUCGUGUGGAAGCUGUAAGUACAUAGAGCAGGGUUUCUCAAAAUUAUGCAAGGGUUCUGGUGAUGAACAAGCUGCAGUAAUCUUCUUAAAACAUAAUGUACUCGAUGAGUAUGAUGAACAAUCUGAAGUUGCUGAAAGACUUAGAAUCAGGGUAAUCUCUAUUGUAAACACAAGUCUUCUCACUCCUGAAGCCAGAAAACAGAAAUCUAAACACACAUUUCAACUCUGCUCUUCUGACUUGGAGUAUAGAUCCAAAUGGAUCCUCAGUUGCAGAAUACUUGAUGCCCCCAAUAAGAAAUUGAAGGGAGUUACUAUAGUGAGAAUGCGUCAUCUUUGCCAUUUAUGA